GUCAAACGUCACUUUUGUGUUUGGUGCUUGUGACUUAGCGUUUGUGUUGAUUUUAUUUUUGUUUUUCAUUAUUUUCAAACUAAAUACUAAUGGUUUGGUACGUUAUUACACAUUAGGAUGACAAUGGAAAGAAGAAUAAAACUAAAAACAUUAAACAGUCAUAUUACGUGUAAGAUUUGCCGCGGCUACUUCAUUGACGCGACCACAGUUACUGAGUGUCUUCAUACGUUCUGCAAGAGCUGUCUAGUGAAGCACUUAGAAGAGAACAACACGUGUCCAACAUGCAACAUAGUGAUACAUCAGUCCCACCCGCUGCAAUACAUAAGCUUCGACAGGACGAUGCAGGAUAUUGUGUACAAGCUUGUACCCGAUCUGCAGGACAAUGAAAUAAAGCGUGAGCGUGAUUUCUACCGCGCCCGCGGGUUACCGUGUCCCAAGGAUGCAGCGCUUGCCGCGGAUAAGCCCGGCGGUGGGGAUGAGCCCGAACAGCAGGAUAAUAGCGACUGUCAUAGGAAGGAUGAGCAAGUGAAUGUUUGUUUGGAAUGCAUAUCAACAUCGCUCCGAACGCUAAAGCGUAGUUUCAUUCGAUGCUCAGCACAGGCCACCAUCACGCACCUCAAGAAGUUUGUAGCUAAGAAAGUGUUGAACGGAAUAGACAAAUAUAGAGAAAUUGACAUACUAUGCAAUGACGAAUUACUAGGCAAGGAUCAUACAUUGAAAUUCGUUUACGUGACUCGGUGGAGGUUCAGGGAUCCCCCGCUACGGUUACAAUAUAGACCCAAGAUUGACAUAUAAUUUAUUAUUUCUUGUGAUUAAAGAUGAAUAAUUUUUAUUUAACAGUUCCAUAGACUAUAGACUAAAGAGCAGCUUUGUUUAUACCGGGUGUAUAUAUAAUCUAUGUACAUAUCAAAUUUCAACCAUUUCUGUUUAGUAGUGUUUGGUUAAAAGACUUAUAUUUUCACAUCUCAUGCAAAUUUUUAUGUGCAAUUUGUAGUUAGUGUAAUGACAAUAAUCAAGUAAAAUCUGAAUACAUAUUUAUACAUUACAAUUUCGUAAAACAGUAUAAUAUCAAUAAAAAUUACAUUUAAAUUAUAUAAUUUUCAAAGUUUUCAUUUUGUGGAAAGAUGUAUGAAAAUAAUGGAGUGAUAAUGGGGACCAGAAGGUAGUUAUGUUAUCACGAAAGUAUUUUAUGUUGUAAGCAUUAAAUGAAGGAAUUUGUUCAAUUAUAUUUUCACCUUAAAAUCAGAAUUAAUUUAUGAAAUAGAACAUUUCAUAAAUUAAUUUCGAUGUAUGAGGCAAAGGCGCAUUUAAAUUAACUAUUUAGUAUUUACUACCUAUAUAAUUUAAAUAUUAAAAAAAAAAAAAUACUUCACUAUUAUGUUUUAGGUAGUAAGUUUGUAAAAUGUAUACUUUGUAAAGAACAAAAUAACAUUUUAUUAUUCUUCAUCUUUAAUCAUACAGAUAAUCUCAGCUGUAACAUUGUGCUUAUAGAUAACAAGUAUUAUAAUGUUUAUUUGGAGAUUUUGUUAGUGACAUAGCGGCUAAUUUAUUUAAUAAAAAAUAUGUAUACAUACUCACAAACAUUUUGUAGAUUAACUACAAAAACGGGUAAGUUUCCUUGCAAAAUUGGUGUAAAUAAGCACAUUACAAAUAAAAAAUUGACAAAAAAAAUAAAGAUUGUAACAAGUUUGUUUAUUGAUGAUGAAAACAUUUUGUUUAAUGAUGAUGAAAACAUUUCUG